UAGCUGCCAUGGAACUAGCUCACUCACUCACUCACUGAAGAUAUACCUAUACAAACAGAACAAAUAAAUACGCACAGUCCGGCUGCUGUGAUCGAUCGAUUUCAUAGGCAGGCUACUGUGUGUUGGGGGUGAGCAGUGAGCUGACCAUGGCCGGCUGCUUGGCGCGGCGGCUGUUCCCAUUCCUGAUGGGCACGGCGGUGGGGGUGUACCUGGCGCAGAACUACAAGGUGCCCAACGUCCGCCACCUCGCCGACCGCGGCGUGCACACCGCCAGGAGCUACGAGGAGGCCUACCGCAAGAAGCCCGCCGCCACCGACGCCGGCGCCGGCAGGAAGAAGAAGGUGGUGCAGGUGGACAUCGACGACGACGACGAAGAGUAGUAACUAGCUGCAAUGAUCAUAAGCAUGUGGUUAAUUGGUGUUUCGGUGUUGUACACUUGUACUAGCGCAUAUAUAGUCCACACAUAGUGUGUGGGAAUAGAUGCGUGAAGCUUCGAUCUAUAGGUUGUUAUGUGUUUGUUAUGUUCACUU